AUGGAUAAGAGGGGUGGAAAGGGUAGCCAAAAGAUCGAACUGAAGUUGAUUGAAUCUAAAGAAGCUCGCACAGUUGCUUUUUCAAAAAGAAAACAUGGUUUGGACAAGAAACCGAAAGAGUAUUCAAAUCUAACCGGAGCAGAUAUCGAUUCUAUUCUCUUUACACAAGCUGGAAAAUCACAUUCCUAUGGCUCCCCAAGUGUAGAAAAAGUAAUUGAUAAGUUUCAUGAAUUGAAACAAAACAAUAGCCAACAAAAUCAUACUGAUAUGAGCAAAACAAAUGUCUUUGAGGCAUUUGAAGAUCUUCGUAAAGAAGUACAAGCAUUCAAGAAGAAAGACCUUGGCUCAGAACUGCCAACAGAUAAAUACAUGUUGGAGAACAGGUUGAAGCAAUUUGAGGCAUAUAAAUCACGGUUGGACAAAAUUAAAAAUCAAAUAAAAGGUGAUGUUCCAGCCGAGCAAUUCAACUUCAUUUCAGAAGUUGCCCUUAAACUAGAAAAGAUGAGUUCUUGA